AUUAAGGUUAGAUGGAUAAAAUAAUAGCUUCUGCUACAAGUGUAAAGGAGAAACUCAAAGUGCUUGAAUAGAACUAGAAAUAAUUGAGCAAUUAAGAGAUUGAAGGAGUAUAUAAACACAUACACACUUUAGGAGAAGACUCUUUGUAAUUAUUGAGUUAGGCAUUGAGAUUGAAUGUCGGAAACAUUUUUAAUGAUUACUAAUUAUUUAAGAAAGUGAGUGGAAGCAUUAGAGAAUUGGAUUAGGUUUCUAUGUACUUGUAGUAUGUAGAGAGACUUUAAGGAUAGAGAGUGAUAUAAAAGGAGUUAGGAUUUUAGAGUGAGAAGUUAAUAAUGGAAUUCAGACAGCAAGGAAAUAUUUUAUAGAAGUUGUAUUUGGAUACAAAUGAUCUUAACAUAUAGAGAUAAAUGAUAUAGAUGAUCAUAAGGUUGUGUCCAAAAGAUUUGAGUUUUAAUCCUGAGUUAUUUUCAUUGAUGUUGAUUCCAUUCAAAUGUUUAUAACAACCUAAUCAUAAAGAUAUUGAAUUAUUAGAUAACCUGGCAGCUGUAUUACUUAUGUAAUGUAAUGGAUAAGGAUAAACCAAUCAGAAUUAAGUGCAUGAUUGGUUAGUACUUAUAAGUGGGAUUGUGUAACAUGCAUAUGAAGGAAAUACUUUAGGGUUACAUAUCUUAUUAAGAAAAGUAUAUAUAUAAAUAUAUCUAAUUAUAGAUAUCUCAAGAUCAUUUAAGUGAGUUGUUGAUCAGACAUAAAAAUUAUAUGUUAGAUAAUUAUUUUAAGAAUUCUGGAGAUACAAUUAAAAUAUUCUAAGGCUUAGCUUCUCAUUCCAUAACUGAAGAAGCUAUAUUUAUUAUUAAAACUGUUUGUUAAAUGUUUUAUAAUUUAGUGAAGGAAUAAAAUAGUAGUUAUCAUCUAGAUAUUUUAAAACAAAUUUAUUAAGAAUUUAUACUCACUACUAUUUUGGGAAAUUUGUAAAUGAUAUCUUUUGGAUUAGAUAUCUUAGAUCUUUUACUCUACUUUAUCAUUGGAAUGUCAUCAAUAGAUUAAGAACCAUUUAAACGAUCCAUCAAUUUAAUGGCAUCUAGAUUAAAAUUAAAUGCUUCUCUUAAAUUUAUUACAAGAGAUUUCAUUACACCUAGAUUUCAAUUUCUGUAAAUCAUUGAAUAACAUUAUAAUUACUUACAUUAAAUAGAUGAAUUUACUAAAAUAUAUAUGAUUUUUAAAGACAAAUCUUCAGAUUAUAAUAGACUACCUUAAUUAAAUAAAUAUUAUCCAUGGGAAUUUAAUAGUAUUAAAAUUGACAAAACUAUUAAUUAAUAUAUAGAAUAAAGAGAUUCUAAUGAUUUUGUUGGAUUAGAAAAUCUUACAAAUACAUGUUUUAUGAAUAGUAUUCUUUAGAGUUUAUAUAUGACUGAAACUUUUAGAAAAUUAGUUUUAUAAAUACAAUUUCCUAAUUCUAUUCUAUAACUUACACCUCAAACAUCAUUAUGGAGUUGUCUUAAAAAGUUAUUUACACAAUUAACAUAUCAAAAGUAAGGUUACUGUUCACCUUAUGAAUUAAAACGAGUCUUAAGAUAACCUUAUUGCAAUACUAAUGAUUAAUAGGAUGUUGGUGAAUUUGUUCAUCAUUUCUUAGAAGAUCUAUUUGAAGUCAUGCCUGAUAAAUAAUUUAAAGCAACUAUUGGAAAUCUAUUCUUUGGAUAUUAAAGAUAAAUUAUUAAAUGUUAUAAUUGUGUUAAAUCUUAACCCAUUUAUGGAUAAAAAGAGAAAUUCUUAGGUAUUGAUCUACAUUUUAGCAAAUCAAAUAAGGAUGAUAUUAUAAGUAUGAUCAAAAGAGCUUAUGAAGAAGAAUAAAUUGAAUUUACUUGCGAAAGAUGUAGAGAAAAAACAAAGAAAACAUACAAAUCACAACAAUUACUUUAAUUACCUUCUGUAUUAUUUAUGACUAUACAUCGGUAUUUAUAUAUUUCAUAACCAAAGCUUUACAUUUGAUUAAAGUAGUCAAACUAUGACUAAAAUCUUAACCAAAGUACCUUUUCAAUUUUAAAUCGACUUUCGAGAAGCCUUUCCAAAAAAUCAUCUUAGUAGUUAAGAUAGUGUUUACAAUCUAUACGCCUUUAUUGUUCAUUUAGUAUUUAAUCAUUAUUAAAUCAAAGGGUAAAAAUAGUAAUUCUGGUCAUUAUAUAUGUUAUGCCAGAUAAUUAAAUAAACCUGAUACUUGGAUUGCUUUUGAUGAUACUAUGAUUUCUACGUUUGAAUACAACAGUAAACAAUUGGAUGAAGAAUUGAUGUACUUAUAUUUUAAUUAAUUACAUUAUAGAGUUGAAGAAACACCCUAUUUAUUAUUCUACCAGAAUAUUUCAGGAUAGCCAUUGAUAUUUAAUAAUUGA